UUUCUAAAAACAAACCCGAUAAACGUGUUGCCUUCUCUUUCUCUAAAAUGCAAACCUUAAGCUCCGUCUGCCAUCUCCCCCAACGCUCCUCCUCUACCAGCUCCCCCAACGCUCAAACCCACGGCAAACCAAUGGAGAUCUCCUUCCUCAGACCCACAGCAAAGCAUCCAAAGACACCAUACCCACAGAUUCCUCAAUCAAAACCCACCACACCCACCAUACGGCCAUACCCACAAACCAAUAGAGAUCUCCUUCCUCAGACCCACGGCAAAGACCACUUCUCCUUCCUCCAAAAUGCAUACCCACCAACAAACCACCACAUGCAACCUCAAUUAUGUUGGUCGGCGAUACACCAUCACACCCAGCCCAGCCCAGUCGGCGAUACACCAUCACACCCAACCCUGCCUGUCGAAACUGGUCCACAAAGUCUUUUCCUCCAUUCAAAUCAAGGUCAAAGCAUAUUCCUUCGCCUUCCUUCAUCAAUAUAUAGCAUCGACUUUUCUUUGUGUUGCAGCUAGGACAAGAAUUCCUAACAUAUGGAAGUCAGAAACCAUAAGGAAGGUUUUUUCCAUCAAACGAAGGUUUGUCACAAUUCACUAGCACCAAUAUAAAUGCCAAUAAUGUAAAUGGUACAAUCCAUUUAUACUCCAUAUUGGAGACUAGAGAGAGUUGUGUAAUGUGUUCCUUCACUU